AUUCAUUUUGAAUUUUGAAAAAAGCCGCUUUUGGCUUAAAAGACAAAAGCACCGAUUAAUCGCUUCGCUUAUCCUUCUGAUUUUUCCAGGGCUUGGAUCUGGAGCUUGCUCUCUCUCUCUCUCUCUCUCUUGAGUCUCUUCACCUGUGUCGCAGCAAAAGAUGGUUGAUAUGGAGAGAACAGAACUGAAGAAGUCAGAUUCAGCAGGGUUGGACAAUAGUAUCUCUCCAGAUAGUUCAAUGUGGCUGGUAGAAAAUCUUGAAGAGAUGGACCAGAGCAUUAAGCAAAUGAUGAAGCUGAUCAAAGAAGAUGGUGAUUCUUUGCCCAACAAAGACCAAACGUUUUUGCAGAAGAAGCCGGAAUUAGUUCAGGAAUUUCAACGGAUGUAUCGUUCACUGGCCGGGUGCUAUGAAUACUUGAACAAAGCACCUAAGGGGUUUGGAGAUUCUGAAUAUGGUUUCAACCAAGGCUCUCCUCUGCUGACUCCCGAUGCUAGAAAUGGUUUGCGGAAAUCCGACGAUCAAGUUGUUGGUUUUGAUAUAUCACUAAGCUCAGAUGGUUCUAGUCCAGCUCUUACUUUAAAGAAUAGCGCUGAAUCGUCUUCCUCUUCAUCAUUAGGAUCCGAGUCAGAUUCUCCUAAUUCCCCGGUCAGCAAUUACUUGGUUCCACCUCCGAGCGCUGAUUUUGACAGUCAGGGAUGGCAGCAGAAGAUUGCUGAGCUUGAAACUGAACUAUCUAGCUUGAAAGAGAAGCUCCAGAUGAAGGAGUCUGAUCUUACAAUGGAGAAAAUGCGUGUCUUCGAGCUGCAAGAACAGAUAGUUGAGUUGGAAAAUCGUGCAUCAGACAGAGAUAAUGAGAUUCGGAAAUUGAUGGAGGACUUGGAAGUGACUAAAGAAAGGCUUAAGGGGUCAGACGAAGAGAUUGCGAAUUUGAAGCAUGAACUUGCCGAUAGAAUUUCCGAAGGCGCUUAUCAAAUGCAAGGUCUUGAAUCUCAACUUCACUUGGAGAGAAAGCAUGUCUCGGAGCUGCAGGAGAGGAUUGUGAGGUACAAUGCUGACAUAUUUGGCCGCGAUCUUGAGGUGAUGCAGCUGAAGAGCGCAUUGCAUGAUGCACAGGAACAAUUCUCGCUAGAGAAAGCAGACCUGCAGGCUGACAUUUCAAGUUUUGCAGCGAAACAAAUUGUCUUGGACACGAGAAUCGAAGAAUUGAGUUUGAGAAACAAGAGGUUAGAAGACGAAAUAAGGCAAUGUGAAACGGAUAAGAUGGAAAUGGAAAGACUGCAUGCUGUCUAUGAGAUCGCAUUGCAAGAUGAUAUAAGCCACCUGAAGGUAGAAGUUGCUGAUAAAAAUGGACAUGUGGAAGCUGUAAAUAAAGACUUGGACAGGUUUAAACUGAAAUGUGACAUGCUGAUGGCGGAGAAAGACGAGCUCAAUGCUAGGGCUCAAACGCUUAUGGCGAACGUGAGUUACCGCGACAAUCAGAUUCAGGAAAUGGCGGGACAUCUUAGUCGGUUACAAACAGAACACGAGGGUCUGAUUGUUGGAUCCGAAAGUGCUCGUAGGCUAGUAGAUGAGCUGAAAACAAGAGUGGAGGAGUUGCAGCAAGAGGUGAAAAGGCAGAGUGUUGUGAUCUCGGAUGGGGCUGAGGAGAAACGAGAGGUGAUCCGGCAGCUUUGUUUCUCGCUGGAGUACUACAGGAGCAGAUACCAAGAGCUCCGGCAAGCAUUUACCGGGCACAGGCGGCGUGCCGUUGCCGCUGCAUGAAAUCGGUUUCUUCUAUGAAAUGGUCUAGUAUGUUUCUGCAGCUUACUUCACUUGAUGUGUCUUGCAUGAUGUGUUGUGUUUGUAUGGAAGACGUUAUUUGUUUAGGGUAAUAUGGUCAAUUCAGGUCGGAUGUUGUCAAUGUUUAGUUAAUUACAAAACUAAAUGCUCUAGAUUUUGAAUGUUAAAGAACAACGAUGGCAUGGAAAAGCUUUGCUAAUUAUUAUUAACUAAGGUGUUAAACUCA